GAAUAGUGCUGUGAAAGUAUACUCACUGGCCGGUGGGUCUCACGACACAUGAUCGGAGAGGACACCCCAGAAUUUUCGGGUGGAGAAUUUGGGUCGCCCGGUGACCAAAAUCUAUCAUGCCAAAGGUUUGACAGCCAAAAGUUAGAUAAAAAGAGUUGCUAAAAAGUUUGACAAGCUAAAUAUAAGAAGUUGAUAAGUUUAACUAGUUAAAAUCAUGGCUUGUCAAAAAAUUUUUUGGUAAAUUUCGAAAGUGAACCAAGCAGCCUCGCCAUCGCCCAUCUUCCUCCGCACCAUCGGCUCGACGCCGGCGGCGGCUCGCUUCACUUCACGCUAUACGCUCUGCACGCCAUAGAGAUCACCCCUCGAACUCGGGGGUACAAGAAACCCCGGGGAAGGGAUCGCUUUCGCGCUUCUUGGUGCCUCACCGCCACAGCAGUGGCAGUUGCAGUCAGGGCGCGAUGGCGGUGAGCCCGGAGCUAGAGGGCUUGCGGCGCAUCGCGCCUUCCCGCUUCGUCUCCUUCGCCUUUCCCAACCCUUUCCUCGGCCACGCCUCCAAUCCUUACGGGGACGGGAGCGGCGGCGACGGCGACGCCGGGGAGUGCGUCCGGGUUGCCGUCCUCGAUUCGCCCCUUCCCUCUCCGGCCGUCCCGCCGACGGCGGCGAUGCUCGUCCCGGCCGGCCAGCACCGCGACUGGAUCUUCUCCACCCGCGCCGGUCACCUCCACCUCCUCCUCUCGACCACCCGCUUCUCCCGUCUCAUACUCGUUGGUCCUGAGCUCUCGGCGCCUUCUCCUCGGGUCGUUUCGUGCGUCCGUCGCCCGGACCCCGACCCUGCUCACGCUCGGCUCCUCCCCCUCCUCCUUGCUCUCUGCCCCAUGGCCGCGUUUCGGGACAACGCCGUCCCUGACGUCCCGCUGCUCACCUUCCAGGAUGACCUCCUCCGGCUUGCCCCUAUCAAGUUCAUCGCUGGCCCUGUUGUUGGUGAGAUGGUUGUCGAGGAUGUGGCCAUUGACUGCAGCCCCGGUCCAGCUGAAUGGCGCCGCAGGCUGCGGUUCAAGCGCAUGCCCUGCCUUGUGCAGACACAGGUGCGCCUAUGUCAGUCACCUGCUGCUGCUGCUGCUGCUUCGUCGCCGUUGCUGGAAGCACCGGAAGGCUCAGGUGAGCUGUUGCAGCCGGAGGUGGGUGGAUCGUUGGUCCAGCCUUACCUCCAAGCCAUGGUUGCUGGUCUCGCAGUGACUGCGCCAUCCAUUGAGGAGAGUAUUCGGUCAGGUGUUAGGCCCAGGUGUCUCUGUGCUGGUGUUGGAGGUGGAUCACUCCUCAUGUCAAUCAGAAUGGGGCUUCAGUUUGAUGUUCUCGGAGUAGAGGCCGAUGGUGUUGUCCUGGAUGUCGCAAGGAAUCAUUUUGGGCUGGUGGAGGAUGAGUUUCUCCAUGUCCAUGUCGGUGAUGCUAUACAAAUGAUAGAGGAUUUUGCUCAGCAAGGAGAGCCUGAUAUGAAUUUCAGUGCAAUUAUGGUAGAUCUUGACUCCUCUGAUGCUAUGUGUGGUGUCAGCGCGCCGCCAUUGGAGAUGACUCAUGGAAAUGUCCUUCUCUGGGUGCGCACAAUCCUACAUCGUCACGGAGUUUUGAUUCUGAAUGUGAUUCCACCUCCUGCAGAUAGGUCCUUCUACAAAGGGAUGAUUGAUGUUCUUCACCAAGUUUUCUCAGAACUGUUCGAAAUAGAUGUUGGUAAUGGCGAGAAUUUUGUUGUUAUUGCUACAGUAUCGCCGAUUGAAACCACAGUCACUGGUGAUUCUGGACAUUUUCUGACAGAAUUGAGGAAAUUAACUGGGGACUUUUUGGAGCAUAUAAGAAAAAUUUGACAUUCCUAGUCAUUAUGCGGUGUUGUUUGUGUUAGCCUCCACAAAGACAGUUCCAUAUAUUUGCUGUUAACUGCUAAGAGCUGAGAUGGUUAUAUUAGCAUUCAAGCACUACCACUGCAUUCACUGUUUGAUAUACCUCAGUUUUUCCACCAAAAAUAUUAAACUGAGAUGUUUGUUUUGUAGUGUUAUUGAGUAUUCAGAUAUCAGGGCAAAUCACUUGUCACCCAAGGGAAUGUUUUCUUGUGAUGUACACACCACACCUCAUACAGACACAAGACAAAUUGGUAUUUAGGGUGCACAACAGUUUUUACGACAAGAUGGCUAUACAUGAUUUCUCUAAGCUCACUGCCAGUGCAAUGUGAAUGGCACAUGCUGACUGCUAAGACUAACUCAAACUGAUAGAUCUGGUUUCCUCCUGAUCUUCAUCGGGAUAGUUUCAAUGUAGUAAAAAUUUUCAUAGACAUUAGUUGACCUCGAGUGUACGAAGUCAAUUUUAGAUUGAUGCUUGAAUUAUUUCCAGAACAGAAUAUGGGUCCUGCAAUUCUUAUUUUAGCUUCAGAAAUGAUUUUGAAACUACGUUUCCAUUACACCGGUUUUACUCAGAAGCUUUGUUGUAUUGACUGUGAAAGAUUACGGUGUCUACUGACUACUGAUCUGAAACAGUGGCAAUAUGCCUACAUCACAGACUAUUCUGUUAAAUCUGCCCCAGAUAGUCUUGCUAAUGGAUUAGUGCUAUGGCCAAUAAAAGAUUUCCACUGUCAUUUGCAGGGCAGAAGCAAUGGCAUACCAGUAUGUUUGUGACAACAAGAACAAUGGUUUGAGUCUAACUGAUGAUCGGGAUGCCGUUUCUGUCCAUUCAGAUGUGGGAAUGGAAGUCACUCAACUGAGUUUUAGUCACCUUCAUUCUUGGCAUGGUGAAGCAUCGCCAUGUGGCCAUGUCUAUCUGUUGUGACGUCUAUGAGUCAACCAGGUUGAGUUUAUUGCAAAUGUUGUACUAUAGGUUUAGUGCCAUCGUCAGGAGGCAUAAAUGUGGAGCAUCAUUGAUAUGAUUAUGAUUAUUAUGGUCUGUGGGAUACCAGACUUCUUGUGUA